AUGGACCCUGCUUCUUCAUCCUCCACAUUGGUCUUCCGAAAGGGACUCCGGGCUGAAGCUUUUCAUCAGCCCUAUGUCUAUUCUGACACUCACAACAACGGUCGUUUCGGAGGCGACGAUGACCCUGCUCUCGACGAUUACGAAUGGGAUCAGCUGCUCUCGGCGUAUUCUCUCACUGUGGCAACAUCCCCCUUUGCAGCCUCUACGCCGACGGGAUCUUGUCAGGACCAAGGUGAAAAUCAUGUCAUUCCAGCCGGAGCUUUCAGCGGCAUGCUGAGCGAAUCACAUUUCCUUGUGAUCGACCCCGAGGGCAAGGGAUGUGAAGUGGUUCAAUCCAGGUGUGAAAGGAGACGUGCUCAAAACAGAAAGGCUCAGCGUGCCUAUCGUGCUCGUAAAGAGGCGCAACUGAAGACGGCAUCGUCGACUUUGGCCGAAAAGCAGUCACAGUUGAGAACUCUGCACCUUCACAACCAGGAACUCCUCGAAGUGAUCAACCGACUCAAAGUAAUCGUCGUAGACUUGGAGGCUGAGAACCAGCUGCUUAAGGAACGUCACCGUGCAGAGGGUGGCCCGAUGGAUGAAGCAUUUGAGUGGGUGAUGGAAAGUGCAAGUUUCGUGUCGCCAUUGGCGGCGGAGACACUCUUAUUGCAAAAGGACCGGCUAGAAGGUGGAACGCAGCUCUAG